GAAACCGGAUUAUAAUUGGGAGAUAAUGAAAGUCAAAAACAAACGCCAAAGGGAAGAAAGAAAAUUCAAGCCAUUGCUGCUCUUUUUGUUAGAUUAGAAAACUUGAAGGAAUAAAAAACAAAUGCCGUUUCUACCUUGUAUCUAAUAAUCCCUUUCCUAUUUCUCUCUAGAAAAUCUCCAAUCAUAGAAUAAAUGUCGUCGACAGAUCAGUUGAUGAUCGGUGAUGGCGUAGGAGGACCACGGUACGUACAGAUGCAAUCGGAGCCGGAGCCUUCUAUGCUGUCGUCGUUCUACUCGUUUCAUAACCACGAAUCAACUAGAAUUUUCGAUGAGUUGCCUCAGGCUACCAUCAUCCAGGUCUCUCGUCCUGACGCCGGUGACAUAAGCCCCAUGCUUCUAACUUAUACCAUUGAAGUCCAAUACAAGCAGUUCAAGUGGCAAUUGGUGAAGAAAGCCUCGCAUGUAUUUUAUUUACAUUUUGCAUUAAAGAAGCGUGCAUUCAUUGAGGAGAUUCAUGAGAAGCAAGAGCAGGUCAAAGAAUGGCUUCAAAACUUGGGGAUAGGAGAUCAUACAACUGUAAUUCAAGAUGAGGAUGAACCUGAUGAUGAGGCUAGUCCUCUGCGUGCUGAGGAAAGUGCCAAAAACAGAGAUGUUCCGUCUAGUGCUGCUUUGCCAAUAAUUCGGCCAACCCUCGGAAGGCAGCAUUCAAUGUCAGAUCGAGCAAAAACUGCUAUGCAGGGUUACUUGAAUCACUUUCUUGGAAAUAUAGAUAUUGUCAAUUCCCAGGAGGUAUGCAGGUUUCUGGAAGUUUCAAGAUUAUCCUUUUCGCCUGAGUAUGGUCCUAAGCUAAAAGAAGACUUUAUUAUGGUGAAGCACUUACCAAAAAUUCAAAGUGACGAUGAUAGUCAGAAAUGUUGUUCAUGUCAGUGGUUUGGUUGCUGUAAAGACAACUGGCAGAAGGUCUGGGCUGUAUUAAAACCAGGAUUCCUGGCUUUCCUCAAAGAUCCAUGUGACCCUGAGCCGUUAGAUAUAAUAGUGUUUGAUGUACUACCAGCCUCCGAUGGCAAUGGAGAGGGUCGCGUUUCUUUAGCAAAAGAAAUAAAAGAUGGAAACCCUUUACGCCACUAUUUUAGGGUGUCUUGUGGUACAAGGUGUAUCAAACUAAGGACUAAGAGCAAUGCAAAAGUUAAAGAUUGGGUAGCAGCAAUUAAUGAUGCAGGGCUUAGGCCACCUGAGGGAUGGUGUCAUCCUCACCGCUUUGGUUCCUAUGCUCCUCCUAGGGGUUUGACAGAGGAUGGCAGUCAAGCCCAGUGGUUUGUUGAUGGUGAAUCGGCAUUUGAAUCUAUAGCUUUGGCUAUUGAAGAAGCAAAGUCAGAGAUCUUUAUAUGUGGCUGGUGGCUGUGCCCCGAACUUUAUAUGCGACGUCCUUUUCACACUAAUGCAUCCUACCGGCUUGAUGCUUUACUGGAAGCCAAAGCAAAACAAGGUGUUCAGAUCUACAUCCUUCUGUACAAAGAAGUUGCUAUUGCUUUAAAAAUCAACAGUGUGUAUAGCAAGAGAAAGCUGGUAGGCAUCCAUGAGAAUGUCAGGGUGCUGCGGUAUCCUGAUCAUUUCUCAAGUGGUGUGUAUCUAUGGUCCCAUCAUGAAAAAAUUGUCAUUGUUGACCAUCAGAUUUGCUUUAUCGGAGGACUGGACCUGUGCUUUGGCCGUUAUGACUCACCCGAACACAAAGUGGGUGAUUGUCCACCUUUUAUAUGGCCUGGAAAAGAUUAUUAUAAUCCAAGCUUGUGCGCACCUCGACUAAAUCCACGAGAUACCUUCCACCUCCCACCAGCAACAGGUACCAGGGAAUCUGAACCAAAUUCCUGGGAAGAUACCAUGAAGGAUGAGAUAGAUCGGAAAAAGUAUCCACGUAUGCCAUGGCAUGAUGUCCAUUGUGCCCUCUGGGGACCACCGUGCCGUGAUGCUGCUCGACACUUUGUUCAGCGCUGGAAUUAUGCAAAGAGGAACAAAGCUCCACGUGAGCAAGCAAUUCCGCUGCUUAUGCCUCAACAUCACAUGGUUAUUCCUCAUUACAUGGGAAUGAGCGGUGAGGUGGACAGUGGAAGUAAUGGUGUUGUCCGUCCUCAUAAAAGUAUCAAAAGACAUGAUUCAUUUUCUUCAGGGUCUUCCCAAGAUAUUCCUUUGCUUAUGCCUCAGGAAGCUGAAGGGGGGGACAGUUUCAAGGAAGAACAAAAAAUGAAUGGCUUCCUUACAGGACACAGUUUUCAUGAUCAGCGGAGCAGGUCUAGUAGAAUCCCGUUCUCUUUCCGAAAGACCCGUGUAGAACCUCUAGUUCCAGAUUUGCCAAUGAAAGGAUUUGUGGACGAGUUGGAUCAAAAUCUGGAGCUAUCUUCAAAUCUGGUGCAGCCUGGCAUGAAAAAGUUGGACAAAGAUUGGUGGGAGAAACAAGAGAGAGGCGAUCAAGUUGUUUCACCUGAAGAAAAUGGGCAAGUUGGUCCUCGUGUUUCAUGUCGUUGCCAGGUUAUAAGGAGUGUCAGUCAAUGGUCAGCUGGAACAAGUCAAAUUGAAGAAAGCAUACACAAUGCUUACUGCUCCCUUAUCGAAAAGGCUGAACAUUUUGUUUACAUAGAGAAUCAGUUUUUCAUUUCUGGUCUAUCUGGAGAUGAAGUGAUAAAAAAUCGUGUUUUAGAAGCACUAUACAGGCGUAUUAUGCGAGCUUAUAAUGAAAAGAAGUCCUUCAGGGUUAUCGUUGUGAUACCACUUCUUCCUGGCUUCCAGGGUGGUUUGGAUGAUAGUGGUGCUGCUUCAGUUAGAGCUAUUAUGCAUUGGCAAUAUCGAACAAUAUGCAGAGGAUCUAAUUCAAUAUUGCAUAAUCUUAAUGACCUCAUGGGCUCUAGAAUGCACGACUAUAUAUCAUUUUAUGGUCUCAGAGCUUAUGGAAGGCUCUUUGAUGGUGGUCCUGUUGCAUCUAGCCAGAUAUAUGUGCAUAGCAAGAUCAUGAUAGUUGAUGACCAUACAGCCUUGAUUGGAUCUGGAAAUAUAAAUGACCGAAGCUUGCUUGGUUCAAGAGACUCUGAGAUUGGUGUACUUAUCGAGGACAAGGAGUUUGUCGAAUCAUUCAUGGGAGGCAAGGCAAGGAAGGCAGGAAAAUUUGCAUUAACUCUUCGCCUUUCUCUAUGGUCUGAGCACCUUGGUCUUCGUACAGGCGAGGUUGGUCAAAUUAAGGACCCUGUGAUUGAUCCAACGUACAAGGAUAUUUGGAUGGCAACUGCUAAGACAAAUACCAUGAUAUACCAAGAUGUUUUCUCUUGCAUACCCAACGAUCUGAUGCAAUCCAGGGCUUCACUCCGGCAAUGCAUGGCAUCCUUAAAAGAAAAACCUUGUCAUACGACCAUUGAUUUAGGAAUAGCUCCAAGCAAGCUAGAAUCUUAUCAGGGUGGAGAUAUAGAGUGUAUAGAUCCCAUGGAGAGAUUAAAAUCUGUGAAAGGUCAUCUUGUUUCCUUCCCUUUGGAUUUUAUGUGCAAGGAAGAUUUAAGACCUGUGUUUAAUGAAAGUGAGUACUAUGCAUCAGCUCAAGUUUUUCAUUAAAGCUUCUCGUCUUAUGGACCAUGCAAAUCAGAAAACUUAUCAAGUGUCUCAGUGGGCGAUGUGUUCUACAGAAAUUCCGUAGGACACCAUUUCAGCCCUUCUUAUUUUUACUGUGUUUUGUAUCACAGCACUUGUACAAAAGUGGCAAUACACACUUCAGAAUCUAUUUGUUGAAUACCGUGAAAGGUGCAAACAUACUAAGAUAAGCUUAUGUAACUACAAAGGGGAGGAUAGAAUCGUUGAUACUCUGUUAGGCCAGUAGGUUCACAGUCCACAGGCUCAGUGGUCCAUUUGACUCUUUGGAUUUCUGUGACGCGUGGUUCGUAGCAGAGUGCUUUGAGCUACUAGCGCCACCUUGUCUCCAUAGGAUCUUUCCAAUUCUUUCAGUUUCGACUGACAUCUCUAUCUACAGUAAAUAGUUACAUUCUCCAUAAUGGCACAUUUGUGAUUGGACACUGCAGCAGCUGUUUUCAGGUCACUUGUAUUCAUGCAAUGUAGAUGAGAAGCAGACCAUCCAAUACACUUGUAUAAUCAAUUCGUGUCAACAAUCAUAUGAAGUACCAUUUCUGCCAUAAAUUUGUUUGAUACUA